UAUCGAUCAGUUUUUGAGGCAGAAAGAACGCUGAAAAUCUAAAAAUCUGAAAAUGAAUAUCCUACUAGUUGGACUGGGACUCGUUUGUCUUGUGAACAUCGGGCGUUCUGUACCAACUCAAAGCUAUGGGAAGAUUUUAAGCUACAUUGAAAAGUUAAUCGAGACAGAAAACCGUGAAGUAAACGAAGGGGCGAAAAUUAGUGCAGAGAACGAAGCUGCAGAGUUAGAAGCUGUGAAGAGAGAUACAGAAUGGCAUUACUAUGAGGCUAUAGCUACAAUGAAGAACGCACUUCAAAGUGGUGAUCUCACUUUUGACAAGGGUGACUCCUUAUUGCUCAAUUUGGACAAUAAAAAUGGAAAUGACAAAUGGGUGGAAGGCUGUCGCAAUAUCUUCCUGUCCUAUUUCAAGUGUGGUCAAGUGCCGACAAAUUACUUUAAAUCUACAGCAAAAUCGACAAAACUUUACGGGAAACCAAAAACAUUUUAAUUUGAUUAUAACUGUUCAAAAAGUGUUGUUGUUAAAAAUUGUGUGAGUCGGGAAUCUUCGAGUGCACAUUAAUUUUUAACAUGUUUGUUGAUUGCUACAAACUAUAUCUUUUAAAAUAAAAUCGAUAUUUACCGCAAC